AGAGAGAGAGAGAGAGAUGACAGAUUCCAGGAGUCUUGCUCUUGAUGUCCCCCAUUAAAUAUCACUCCUAAACUAGCUAGCUGGAUCGAAACUGUAACUUGCAAAGUACAAUUCUUUUCACUUUAAAUACAGGAGGCUUUCUUUCUAUAUUCAUUAUUAAUGCCUAAUAAGUGACACCUUCACUGAUCACAUACACCUCUUAGCCAGACCCUCCAUAUCUCUUUCCCUCUGUCUUUCUAUGGCAAGAAUAAUAGAACCUCUCAUUGUUGGGCGAGUGAUAGGAGAUGUUCUUGAUUCUUUCACACCAGCAAUAAAAAUGUCUGUCUCAUACAAUAACAAGCAAAUUUGCAAUGGAUAUGAACACUAUCCAUCCGCAGUUGCGGCCAAACCUAGGGUUGAGGUCCAAGGAGGCGACAUGAGAUCUUUCUUUACACUGGUCAUGACAGACCCAGAUGUUCCUGGUCCUAGUGAUCCUUAUUUGAGGGAGCACCUGCACUGGUUAGUGAGCGACAUCCCAGGAACAACAGAUGCCACAUUUGGAAGGGAGGUAGUGAGCUAUGAAAUUCCAAGGCCCAGCAUAGGGAUCCACAGGUUUGUGUUUGUACUAUUCAAACAAAAACGAAGACAGACAAUCAACCCACCUACUUCAAGGGAUAAUUUCAGCACUCGUAAUUUCGCUGCUGAAAACGACCUUGGUCUUCCUGUAGCUGCUGUUUACUUCAAUGCACAAAGAGAAACUGCUGCAAGAAGACGCUAACCAGAUCAUGGGAUAUCGAUGGAACUCUCUCUUCUGCUGCUCGAUCAUCAUCAUUAUUGUUCUUCUUCUUAUUAUUAUUGUUGUUUUUAUAAGAAAAAAUUUUAUUAACAAAAUAUAACAACAAGUUUAGCAUGCACCAUCCAACUAAGAUCCGGUUAUACACCCACUUCAUCGACCUAGAACAACGCAUGCUAAAUAAUUAUUAUUGUUGUUGUUAUUAUUAUUAUUAUUAAAACUGAUAAUUAGUGGCCUUGAACAGUAAGUAUUAAUUUUUCAUAUGUAGCCAAAAAUCAGCUCUCUAUAUAAUCUGUUUCUUCUGUCAAUUGUUUUUUGGUGUUUUCUGCUAAAA